AUGGCACUUGCCGCUCCUCCGCUCAAUGAUCGCAAGCGCGUCAAGGUCUACGAGCUCAAGAACAAUGACUGGUAUGACCGUGGUACUGGAUUUUGCGCCGGUCAGCUCUUGGCCGUAAGUUGCCUCGCCAAUGACGAAGCGCGCAUCUUCGUCCAGUCCGAAGACGAUGCUCAGCGCAUGCUGCUCGAAACGAGAAUCUCACGCGACGAUGGAUAUCAGAGACAACAGGACACGCUUAUAGUAUGGACUGAACCGAGCGGCAUCGACAUGGCCUUGAGCUUUCAGGAGGCAGAUGGAUGCGCUCAGAUAUGGGAAUUCAUCACAGAUAUCCAGCAGCGCAUGCUCGCAAUGCACCCCAACGAAUACGAUGGUCUUUCGGACGAGCUCGUGGAUGGUCAGGGUCUGCUGCUACCAAUGCCCGAACUAGCCAACCUGCACCAGGUACAAGAGACGAUGCGCGCAGCAAGUCAGACAACACACGGUCGCGAUGCCCUAGUCAAAUUCAUCAUGGCUCCUGAGACACAAUAUCUUUCCAAGCUGUUACCAUUGGUAGAGCUCGCCGAACACGUCGAGGACAUCCAAGCUCUGCACCGCCUGUGUACCAUCAUGAAGACACUCAUUCUACUCAACGACACAUCCAUCAUAGAAUUGACCGUCUCGGAUCAUGCCAUCUUGGGUGUCGUUGGUGCUCUAGAGUAUGACCCAGACUUCCCCAGUCACAAGGCCAACCAUCGACACUACCUAGCCGACGAAUCUCGUUUUAAGGAAGUCGUCGCCAUUGACAAUCCAGUCGUUAAGAACAAGAUCCAUGCCACAUAUCGCUUGCAAUAUCUCAAGGACGUGGUACUAGCCCGCAUCCUCGACGACCCCACCUUCACUGUCCUCAACUCUCUUAUCUUCUACAACCAGGUUGACAUCGUUAAUCAUAUCCAGUCCAGCAAGGAUUUCAUCCAGGAGCUUUUUACCAUCUUCACGUCCCCUGAUUCAGACGAUCAACGCAAGAAAGAUGCCGUGCACUUCAUACAGACGUGCUGCUCCGUCGCAAAAAGCAUCCAGGCACAGUCGCGUGCUCACCUUUUCCAAAAUUUCAUUCACGGCGGUCUUCUUGAUGUGGUCACAUAUGCUUUGCGCCACCGCCAUGCCUCUGUACGUGUUGCUGGCACCGACAUUCUCGUUGCGCUGAUCGAUCAUGAUCCUGUCAUGAUGCGUUCUCACAUCUUCCGUUCCAUCAACCAAAAGACCAAACCAUUGACAGAUACACUGAUUGAGCUGUUACUUGUCGAGGUCGAUUUGGGCGUCAAAGCUCAGAUGGCAGAUGCGAUUAAGGUUCUCCUGGAUCCGCAUGCUAGCUCGACUUCCAUGGAUAUGCUAGGUAGAACUAACGGGGAUUUUAUGGCCAAGAUGAGGGGUGCAAAUCCUAAUUCCAGUGCUCAAAUGGAAAGCUUUGUGGACAAUUUCUACAACGAUGGGGCGAAGCGCCUUUUCCAGCCACUGAAGGACCUUGAGCACAGCCAAAGUUUACAAACUAUAUCUGUGCAGGAGGCCUCUCUUUUCGUCCAUUUGGUCGAAAUUCUAUGUUUCUUCAUUCGCCAACAUAACUUCCGAAGUAAAUAUUACAUUCUUGCUGAAAACCUACAUUGCCGCGUUGCGCAGCUAUUAUCUUGCCCUCAGAAGCAUUUGAAGCUCACGGCUCUCAAGUGGUUCCGAACAUGUGUUGCCCUCAAUGAUGAACACCACAAUAAAGAUAUGAUCACCAAAGGGGUGUUCGAUCCAAUCCUUGAUAUCGUCUAUCAGACAAUGCCUCGAGACAAUCUUCUCAAUUCAGCCUGUCUCGAGCUAUUCGAGUUUAUCAAGCGCGAGAACCUCAAGCAACUGGUUAUACCGCUCGUGGAAGGCUACCGGGAGAAGCUGCUUGGCAUCACCUAUGUCAACACAUUUGGGGCUCUCGUGAUGAAGUACGAACAGAUACAAAGUGGCUUCUAUCCUGAUGAAAGCAGCUUUUCCACCCAGGGCGGCGAAACGCCGAACCGGAGUCUCGUUGCUGGUGGACAGCGCUGGCAAGGGCUCAAGGACGCCGACGCGGAAGAAGAAGCUUACUUCAAUGCCACUUCAGAUGACGAGACAGAAGAUGAGACUGCAACUUCCUUGCCGGAAACCGUUGCUGCAAAAGCUCCCGAGGUAGGACCUCCAAUGCGACCACUGGUUUCUUAUCCCGAAGACGAGGAUGAGGAUACUAUGGAGAUGCUCGCAGCAUCACCAGGGACGCCCGCUGAAAAGAAGGAGCCCAACAUCGAGCCGACAACGCCUGACACGCUGGGAUCGCCGCUAUCAGUCGUGCCAGAGAAACGAAGAAGAGAAGAGGACGAUGAAGACGACUUGGAGAAAUUGGCAGGUGCGGUUCCGGCCAAACGUCGCAGCUCAGUCAGCAGCAUAGGCAGUGUGCGCAGUGAUAUGUCGGCCGCGAACUUGGAUUCACCUACCAGUAGCCAACAGCAAAAUGGUACAGGGCAUCCGCUGAGAAGAAAAGGAAGUUUGCGCAGCAAGGACGACAGCUCAGGUCCACAAAAGGGAAUAAGCAUCGGGCCCAUCUCGCUCUCCUUAUCAGGAAAGAGCAAUGAAGAAGGAGGUGAACAAUGA